UCAGUGCUGGAAACAUAUUUAUCUCUCUCUCUCUCUAUCUCUCUCUCGCUCUCUUUCUCUCUCUCUCUCUUUCUUUUUAUAUAUAUUUACGUGUUUUGAAGGACAUUUAAACAUGGCGACAAUGGUGCUGGUGGUGGUGAUGGUGGUGCUGGUGGUGGAGGUGAAGGUCAAUGGACAGCUACCAGGCCCCUCCAGCAGCCGCGUGAUGGUGCUACAGGAGAAUGGGAAGCCGAGUGACCGUUCCUAUUCACGGCUGCUAACGCCCUUCCCCGCCCUGCCGCCCGCCCUUACCCUCUGCUACCGUCUGCUGCUCUACCGCUACAGGGAGGAGGGCACCCUGCUCUCCUACGCCCUCGACAACAGAAGGGACAACCACGUCAGGAUAGAUCAUCGUAUGGGUGGCGUCUGGGCGGCUGUCGCGGGCGCCUGGGUCAACUCACACGUUCGAACCCCGGUCAGGUAUUGGUCACACCUCUGCCUGGCCGCCCACACGCCCACGGGGAACUGGUCGAUCUACCUGGACGGGGCGCUGGUCGAGGAGGGCGUGCUGAGCUCAAGCCUGGAUGCUGCGGGGGGCGGUUUGGACCCAUCUCAUGCGGACGACGGCGGGGGAGGCGGCGAAGGGGGCGUGGAAGGAGGGGGCGUGUUGGUGGUGGGCCAGGAGCAAGACACACUGGGGGGCGGCUUUCACAGGGACCAGAGCUUCAGCGGGGAGUUCACGGAGUUCAACAUAUGGAAGGGGAUUUUGACCCCCGACGAUAUAUACCAGCUCGCCACGUGCAGCCUCUUCGUGGAGGGGGAUGUGCUGGCGUGGUCAAGGCAGUCGUGGCAAGUGCUGGGCGGGGUGACGUGGGAGAGCCGCCCACGCCCUCAGCUCUGCGAUAACAACACACGCCUCCUCACCUUCUUCCCCGAGCGAGUCACCCUUACAGAGGCCGUUUAUCUGUGCGAGGUCGCGGGGGGUCGUGUGGGGGUGCCGGCGUCCCCCCAGGAGAACGCGAUGCUGUACCAGGCCUCGGUCCAAUCCGCCCCCCACUGCUCAGGGGGGGGCGGCCCAUCCUACCUCUGGCUGGGGGCGCACGACUCCACGCAGGAGGGGCGCUGGACCUACUUCACGGGGGAGCCCUUGGAGUGGGGGGGCGCCUGGCGGGGGGACGGUCCUAACGGGGGGACUGCCGAAAACUGUCUCGUCAUGCAAUACGACUCCUUCCCCGCCAAGUGGUCGGACAUUGCCUGCCUCGACACCUACACCUUCUGCGUCCCCUGCGAGUACCCGGCGCGGCCCAUCUUCCACCUGAGGGGCGCGGGGUUGUGCUCGACGGCGCCCUUCAACCGGCAGUACACGUUGGAGGGGGAGAGAGGAGGGAGACCGUCGCUGCUCGGGUUGUUUCACUCGGAUAUUGUGUGGGAGGCAAAGAGCGAGGCGUGGGUGCUGGCGUCCCUCAAGGAGGCGGGUCUUGAGGUACAGUGGGCCCCCGCCAGCACGGACAUUGGGCACAACCAGUAUCCCUUCGGCACUCACACCUGGACGCUUGGAGGACCGGGGGAGCUUUGUGGGCGUCGAUCCGGGGACACGCUGAACCUGACGCUCUCCGUGUGCACCGAUGACCAGUUUACCUGCGUGGACGGGACCUGUGUUCACCUGGACCAACGAUGCGACCUGACGCGGGACUGUGCGGACGGGAGCGACGAGACGAACUGCCCGCUGAUACUUCUUCCGUCUGGGUACCGUUCACUCCUCCCCCCUCCAGCUCCCUACCCAGGCCGCCCUCUCCCCCUACGCGUUGAAGUCGAGGUUCUGUCGCUGCCUAGAAUCGGGGGUCGGACUCUGGCGCUAACGGCAACGCUGAGGCUCAAGGUUCAGUGGGUGGACGCGAGGUUGAAGUACUUGAAUUUGAAACGCCAGCAAGGGCUUAAUUUGGUGCCCCCAGAGACGGCCCACGCGCUCUGGACGCCCGCCCUGCACCUCACCACGGCCCAUGACAGCGGCGUGGUCAGUCUGGGGGAAGGGGGGCGCCUGGAGGUACGCAGACAGGGCCAGCCGCACCCAGCUACAGACGAGAUGGAGGAGAGCAGCUACUUCAAAGGGGCUGAAAACAUCUUGGUAAUGACUCAAAUCUGCUCAGUCACCUGCGGCUCCUCGUCACACCUCAGGCUGUACCCAUUCGACGUCCAGGUCUGGUGGCUCAACUUCUCCCUGGCCUCCACCUCCCCCGGGCACCUCCUCCUUCAACCCGGGGAGGCCACGUACACAGGGGAGGAAGACCUGCUGGAAUACACCCUCGAAAACGUCAAAAUGGUCACCAGCCCCGGAGGAGGAGGAGGAGGAGGAGGAGGGGGGGAGGUGGGGGUGCGGGUGAGGUUGGGGAGGCGCUCCACACACUUCCUCCUCACCUCCUUCCUCCCCACCUUCCUCCUCCUCCUCCUCUCCUACGCCACCCUCUUCCUCAAGCUCUCCCAUUUCCUCCCCCGUCUCUUCCUCUCCUUCUCCUCCCUCCUCCUCCUCUCCUCCCUCUACACGCAGGUGACAGCAGAUGCCCCCCGCACCUCCUACUUCAGCCUGCUGGACGUGUGGUAUGUGUUCCUGCUCCUGCUGACCUCUGCCGUCGUUCUGCUGCAUCUGCUGAUCGAGUACGCGCUGCCCCCCACCCCCAACUCCCCCUCCUCCUCCGCCCCCUCCCCCCACCACCCCCUCCUCGGCGGGGGUGGCGGUGGGGGGGCGGGAGGAGGGGGGCUCAACGGGGUGGUGAAGGGGGUGGGGGAGGUGACGAGGGUUCACCCCGUUCGGAAGCAAGACGGGCUGGUCACCAUCGACACGGACCCCAACCCCCGCUACCCCUACCCCUCCCACCACAACCCCUACCACGGCGCCCCCCACCGCGCCCCCCUUCACCCUUCGCGCCCCGCCUACUCCCCCACCCACCAGCUCCUGCUAAUGGCGGGGAGGAUAGCGGUGCCGUCUGCCUUCGUCAUCUUCUUCCUCGUCUACUGCGGGACGAUGCUCGUGGCCUCAGUGUUCAUCUCCGUCACAUAA